AUGCUACAGAGACUACAGCCCAAAGAUGCUCCGGAGCUCUUGUUCGUCGGCACCGAUCGCCAGCAGUACUUUACCGUGCUCUGGAACCACCAAACCAGAAGACUGGAUACGGUCAAGGAGAAUGGACUCGUCGAUGACUCGGAACCCUAUAUGCGACACUCGCUAUGCCAGAACCAAUGUCUGGUAGACCCUACCGGCAGGUUCAUGGUGAUGCAUCUUUGGGAAGGCGUGCUGAAUCCCUUUCGGCUGAGGACUCGCGCCCCCGAGAAGCUCAAGCUGGACAUGCAGGAGCAAGUACGCCUGACUGAACUCUGGAUCAAGGACAGCAUCUUUGUACACACGCCCGACGGACACCCCACGAUUGCGUUCCUCUACAACAGUCGACUUCACCAGGAAGAGGCCCAGCUCGCUGUGUAUCGCUUGACCAAGGACGACGCCGGCAACAAUAUUUCCAAAUUUGAUCCCACCAAGGAUCGAACAUUUCAAGCAACAAUCGAAGACCACUAUGCCAGGACCACGUAUUACAAUAAGAUCUCGGUGGGACUGAGGGAGCCCAAGCUUUACGUGGCCUGGGAGCAAUAUGACGAUAGGACAUAUAUACUGGCGGAUGAUUACGGUAGACUGGAUGUCUUGACACUCGACACCAUGAUUGAGCAGGCCGGCGAGGUCGUUCAGGGAAUGACUGUCACCAAGCUUCAGCUCUACUCGGAUGACGGCGAGACCGAGCCAUCCAGGGCAUCACAACUGGUAUACCUGGGCGACAACAAACUGUUCCUGGCAUCUCGGCAUGGUGACUGCCAGGUGCUGCUGCUAGAUCUUUCGCUCAAGAGAAUCCAGAUUAUCGACACCAUUCGCAACAACGCGCCGAUUCUCGACUUUGCGAUCAUGGACAUGGGCAACCGGGAAGGCAACAAUCUUGCCGGCAAUGCCUUCUCAUCAGGUCAGGCGCGCGUUGUUGCCGGCUGCGGUGCAUACAAGGACGGAUCACUGCGAAGUAUCCGCAGUGGUGUUGGCUUGGCAGACACGGGCAUGUUGGACGAAAUCGAAGGCACGCGUGGAUUGCACACCCUCAGACUACAUGGCGCGGCUCCACACUCCGUUGUUUUGGUAUCGCUGCUGAACGAGACUCGUGUGUUCCGCUUCAGUGACGAUGGCGAGAGCAUUGAGGAGGUGUUUGAGUUUGGUGGGUUCGCGCUCGAUGCCGAGACGCUUCUGGCGACAAGCCUUCCAAGCGGGCUCUUUUUGCAAGCGACUCCCGGUUUCGCGAGGCUGACCGAUGGAGAGAGUGGCAUGACUGUUGCACAGUGGGACACGCCACACGGUCAAGCCAUCACGGCAGCUUCGGCCAACGACCACUGGCUACUCAUGUCGGUCGAGGGUACGGUGCUGGUGUCGCUGGACCUCACAAAGAAUCUAGCGGCCAGACAAAAGGACACAUCACAGAAUGCCUCGGUUGGCAUACCUGAGCAAAUGUCGUGUCUUCACGCGAGCUCGUGUCUGACUGACAUUGGCGUCGUUGGUUGGUGGACAUCAGGCACAAUUUCUCUAGUGAGACUGGACACGCUCGAUUCCAUUCGCGGCGAGUCGUUGCGGCAGACAAGCGAUAGUGCCGCAGUGCCACGAGACGUUGCCCUAGUCCAACUUCACCAGCCUGAUCUUUCGGGGCCAACCUUGGUUGUUGCUAGCGAGGACGGUAACAUCAUCAGUUUCGCUGUCGGCGCCAACGGAUCGGAGUUGUCGGGUCGAAAGACUGUAACAUUGGGCAGCAGAGCAGCAAGACUGCACAUCCUACCACAAGACUCGGGAGUCUCCAACGUGUUUGCCACGACGGAUCAUCCUAGUCUCAUCUACAGCUCUGAUGGUCGUCUUGUGUACUCAGCAACGACAGCCGAUGACGCGACUUUCGUGGCCCCCUUUGACUCGGCAGCAUUCCCCGAUCACAUCAUACUGUCCACAGAUCGUCACGUGCGGUUGAGCAGAAUUGACAAGCAGCGAUUGACGCAUGUGAAGCCCCUAACCGUGAGCCAGACGGUUCGCAGACUGGCUUAUUCACCGGGCUUGAAGGCCUUUGGGUUGGGCUGUAUCAAGAAGACGCUGCAGAACAACACAGAAAUCGCGAGCAGCUCCUUUCAACUUGUGGACGAGGUUGUCUUCAAAAAACUAGGGGAUCCGUUUGAGCUGCAGGUGGCAAACGAUGGAUUGGAAAUGGUAGAAUGCUUAAUUCGUGCUGAGCUACCAGACGCCAACGGCACACCCGCUGAGAGGUUCAUCAUUGGCACCUCGGUCCUCACAGACAGCGACGAUGUCGAGGGCGACGGUACACGAGGCCGUAUCAUUGUCAUUGGCGUAGACGAGGACCGGAAACCUUACCAGCUGCUCAGUCUCGGACUCAGAGGCAACUGCCGCUGUCUCGGCGUGCUCGACGGAUACUUGAUCGCGGGCCUCAGCAAGACAUUGGUUGCCUUCAGCUACCAGGAACGUACCUCAGCCACCGCGUUUCUCGAGAAAAUAGCUGCUUAUCGGCCGUCCUCGAUGCCCAUUGACCUCGAUAUAUCAGGGAACAUGAUUGGAGUCGGUGACUUAAUGCAGUCGCUUACUCUAGUGGAGUUCCAGCCACCGACAAACGAAUCCAAGGCCAAGCUCAUUGAGCGCGCCCGGGACUACCAGCCAAAGCAAGACCAGAAGCGGUUGGAGAUCACCAGCGAGAUGAACCUAGGCGAGCAGAUCAACCGCAUACGGAGCCUUCAAGUCGCCCCUACCGAGAACACCCUGGUACAAGCCAAGGCGUUCCUCGGAUCGGUUGAGGGUUCCAUGUGGCUAUUUGGUGAAGUGCAGCCCGGAUCGGAGAAGCUUUUGAUGGAUUUCCAGGACAGGCUAGUUCAGCACAUGGACACCCCCGGUGAACUUACAUUUGACGACUGGCGCGCGUAUAGAGGUGAGCACAGGACGGGCGAGAAGCCAUAUCGCUUCCUCGACGGCGAGAUACUGGAAAGAUUUCUCGAUCUCAACGAGAGCCAGCAGGAGGUGAUUUGCGAAGGGCUAGGACCAAGCUCGGAGGAGAUGCGCAAUUACGUAGAAGAGCUGAGGCUGCUGCACUGA